ACCAAAGGCUAAGUCUUGAAAAAAUUAUUCCUGCAACUGUUCACACUGUCCUGAGUGCUUUAUAUUUAUGCUGCCACAGAAAGAACUGGUUACACUCGGAGGAGAAGCACAAGAAACACUAAGGACUGAAAUGCCUUGCAGCUAAAGUAUCCUCAUCAUGAAUAGGUACACAACUAUCAGACAGCUUGGUGAUGGGACUUACGGCUCUGUCCUCCUAGGGAGAAGCAUUGAAUCUGGAGAGCUAAUAGCCAUUAAAAAAAUGAAGAGAAAGUUUUAUUCCUGGGAGGAAUGUAUGAACCUUCGAGAGGUUAAGUCUUUGAAGAAAUUAAACCAUGCCAAUGUAGUAAAGCUGAAAGAAGUUAUCAGGGAAAAUGAUCAUCUGUAUUUUGUGUUUGAAUAUAUGAAGGAAAAUCUAUAUCAGUUAAUGAAAGAAAGAAACAAACUGUUUCCUGAGUCUACAGUUAGGAAUAUUAUGUAUCAGAUCCUGCAAGGGCUUGCAUUUAUCCAUAAGCAUGGGUUCUUUCACAGAGACUUAAAACCUGAAAACCUCCUUUGCAUGGGACCAGAACUGGUGAAAAUAGCAGACUUUGGCUUAGCCCGAGAAAUCCGAUCCAGGCCUCCUUACACUGAUUAUGUAUCUACAAGGUGGUACAGGGCCCCUGAAGUCCUUCUGAGAUCCACCAGCUAUAGUUCUCCCAUAGAUAUUUGGGCUGUUGGUUGUAUAAUGGCAGAAGUUUACACACUGAGGCCUCUCUUCCCAGGCGCCAGUGAAAUAGAUACUAUAUUCAAAAUUUGCCAAGUUUUGGGAACGCCAAAGAAGAACGACUGGCCUGAAGGCUACCAACUUUCAGCCUCCAUGAAUUUUCGCUGGCCUCAGUGUGUACCUAACAACCUAAAAACCCUCAUACCUAAUGCUAGCAGUGAAGCGGUGCAGCUCAUGAGAGACAUGCUGCAGUGGGACCCCAAAAAGCGGCCAACAGCUAGUCAGGCACUUCGCUAUCCGUACUUCCAGGUUGGGCAUGCCCUGGGAGUUCAGGAACUGGGGAAACAAAAGGAGUUGCAUAAUAAAUCAUCUUUGCAUAUUAAGCCUGUCCCUCCAGCACAACCCCCUCCAAAAUCUCAUGCCCGCAUUUCAUCAAGGCCUGUUCAGCAAAGCCAGCCUUCUCAGCACUUGGUGUACCCAUAUAAGACAGACACCUCUGGAAUGGAGCACAAUAACUACACACAGGAGGACAAGUCUAGCAAGAUUCCUCUGCCUGCAAUUCACAAUAAGGUUCCUCAGCAGAAAACUUCAGCUGGGACUGAGAAUAUAAAUGGUGAACUUAAACAGAAAACUAGGCGAAGAUGGGGACAUCUUGCUAGAGCAGUGAAGACUUCUGAAGACUGGGAUGACUUGGAAGACCUUGAUUUCAGCUCUUCCAUCACAAGAAUAGACUUGAAAAGCAAGAAGAGGCAGAAUGAUGAAACUCUUUGUAGAUUUGAAAGCAUUUUGGACUUGAAGCCUACAGAUCCUGUAGGGUCUGGCAGCAGUGCGCCUUCCCACGCAACCUUUCCACAGCAGGACACUCCCACAGUCCGAGUUUCUGCAGCAAAGCAACACUACUUGAGACAUUCUAGGUAUCUGCCUGGAAUAAGCACAAGGAAUAGCACAGUCUCCACUUCAAACAAAGAGUCUGUUCCAUCUAAUUCCUGGCCCAGUUCUGGCUUGCCAGGGAAAGCUUCUGAUUUGGGAGGAAGUAUUAACAGGAUGAAUUCAGGGCCCAUAGGUGGUCUAACUAGUGGUUGUAUCCCUUCAUUUCUGAAGAAAGAAGUAGGCUCUGCUGGGCAGAGGGUUCAGUUAGCACCAGUUGUGGAUCCGUCUUCUAAUUAUGCUUCUCUGAAGACAGUGAGACCCCAUCUAGGACAGCCAUCCUUCAGUUCACCCACGAAGAGCACACCAAGGUUAAUGCCCCUCCUGCCACCAGCUCAGCCCAUUCACGGGCGCGUUGACUGGGCUGCAAAGUACGGUGCUCACCGGUGA